GUUACAUUUUCUUCGCUCCUCGGGCCGGGAUUCCUGUUUCCCUGCGGCUUGUCGGCAGGGCUACAGCCGCUUAUGUGUGUGUCUCGCUGCUGGGGCAAUGGUGUAGCGAUGUCGGGGGACUAUUGGGAGACGCACUGAUAAAGCAAAUCCACACCCUCCCUCCCUCCACCCCCUUCCCUCCUCUUCCCUUCCCCAUCCCUCCACAUCCAACCUUAAGGGGCUGUCAACCCAUGGUGGUCCUUUCCUUCGGGCAGGCGAUUGGAAAUCAGACGCUGAUGGAUCGAAUGAAGAAAAUUAAGCGGCAGCUGUCGAUGACGCUCCGGGGUAGCCAGGCGUCUGAGAAAUCCCUGAGUGACCUAUCAGAGCAGAUAAACAUUGAAGAAAAUAAUGUCAGCGACAGUGGUCGAGCAUCACAGUCUGGUUUUUUACCCUUUCACCUUCGUCACGCUGCCUCCACUUCCCAGCUGCGUUCCGCACGACCGAUGCACAACGAGCCCAUGGUGAAGAAUGGGAGGCCCCCCACGUCCCACAGCAUGCACUCCUUCCUUCACCAGUACGCGGGCAGUUUCAAAAAGCCGCCUAUACGGAGGCCCCACAGUGUGGUGGGCAGGAGCCUCAGCUCGCACCUUCAGAGGAAUACCACGCUAGAGAUUGUCCAUGAGGAUCUGAAGAUGGGCUCCGAUGGGGAGAGCGACCAGGCAUCUGCCACCUCCUCCGACGAGGUCCAGUCCCCGGUCCGGGUACGGAUGCGCAACAACGUCCGGAAGAUCUCCACUGAGGACAUCAAUAAAAGGUUGUCUCUGCCUGCGGACAUCCGGCUGCCUGAGGGAUACCUGGAGAAGUUUGCCAUGAACAGCCCCCCCUUCGACAAACCACUCAGCCGUCGGCUACGCAGGGUCUCGCUGUCAGAAAUCGGAUUUGGCAAGCUGGAGACUUACGUUAAACUGGACAAGCUUGGUGAGGGCACCUAUGCGACGGUGUACAAGGGGAGGAGUAAGCUGACGGAUAACCUGGUGGCGCUGAAGGAGAUCCGACUGGAGCACGAAGAGGGAGCUCCCUGCACCGCUAUCAGGGAAGUGUCGCUGCUGAAGGAUCUCAAACACGCCAACAUCGUAACGCUUCACGACAUCAUCCACACAGAGAAAUCCCUCACACUGGUCUUCGAGUAUCUGGAUAAAGACUUGAAACAAUAUUUGGAGGAUUGUGGGAAUGUCAUAAACAUCCACAAUGUAAAGCUCUUCCUGUUCCAGCUGCUGCGUGGCCUGGCAUACUGCCACCACAGAAAGGUGCUACACCGAGACUUGAAGCCCCAGAACCUGCUCAUCAACGAGAAAGGCGAGCUCAAGCUAGCUGACUUCGGGUUGGCCCGGGCGAAGUCAGUUCCGACUAAAACCUAUUCAAAUGAGGUGGUGACUCUCUGGUACCGGCCCCCAGAUGUCUUGCUGGGAUCCACCGAGUACUCAACACAGAUAGAUAUGUGGGGCGUGGGCUGUAUAUUUUACGAGAUGGCCACGGGGCGCCCCCUGUUUCCUGGGUCCACUGUGGAGGAAGAAUUGCAUUUUAUAUUUAGGGUAUUAGGAACACCGACUGAAGCGACGUGGCCUGGCAUCCUGGCGAACGAGGACUUCAGAUCGUACAACUACCCCAAGUACCGGCCGGAGCCUCUCGUCAAUCACGCGCCCAGACUGGACCCAGAGGGGCUCGAUCUCUUAUCAAAACUACUGCAGUUUGAAGGGAAGAAGAGGAUUUCAGCGCAGCAGGCCAUGAAACAUCCACAUUUCCACAGCCUGGGCGAGCGGGUCCACAAGUUACCUGAUACUACGUCAAUUUUUGCACUAAAGGAGGUCGAGUUACAGAGCGACUCUGGAUACAGAUCAACACUGCUCCCUGAAUCUGGCAGUGACCCUGCUCUCCCUCUCUGCUCGCAGCGAAUGGCAGGAACAGAAGGCAAAGCAUAUUACUCUGACACUUCACUACACCGAGUCCCACCCAGCGUCGUGCCCCGUCAGCCCAGAACAAAGAGGCAGUAUUCAUGUCCGGGCCCAGCUAGGAGCGGUGUGCAGGACUGACCACCAACCCCGGGCGGCAAACAAGAGUCUCGGCGAGUCUCCAUCAGCCCACGUUAUAUUGUGACACUGUGUGUGUGCUUUGUCCCACCCCCACCCUCAUCUGUCCCCCUCACUCUCUGCAUCUCCCCUCGGUCACAUCAGUCACUCUCUCAUCACACUCUCUCUCACUUCUCCAACUUUCUCCCCAUCUGUAUGGCUCUCUAAAUCUCCCUCUACAUGUCUGUCUAUAAUUUUCUCUCCCUUUGCAUCUGUGUGACUAUCUGUCUGCCUCAAUCUCUUUCUGUCUGUGUGUGUUUCUGCCUCUUCCUGUGCUCUUCUCUGUCCACCUCCCUCCAGUACACAUACUUGUCCGUCACCCUCCGUCUAAUGCAGGGCUGCUGUUCGGUGACAGAGAGUGACUGCCCCCACCCCCAGCCGGGCUCUGUCACACUCCUGCCAGAGGUGUUCUGUGCUAAGAUUCAGCUCCAGUAUCUUCCAAUAUUUCAAGUUUAUUUUUUUUAAAUUUUUUUUUCUGUUUUUAAAAAUAUGAUGUGUGAACUUUGCAAUGGAUUUUUAAGGUUUAUUUUUUAAACUCAUAACAUUAUAGUGCUGUCGUGACAAAUCGUGAAGUAAUUUGUUUUCUGUGCCGGGGAGAGUCCCGAGAUUCGGGACUGGGAGCCUGUUGGGUUUUGGUGGGGAUGGGAACCACACCAUUUCUCAAAGCUCCGUCGCGCCAUCCCGACCACCACAGCCUGCUCUUCUCCCCAAGCAGGAGGCAGAGAGAGGGAGGGCAUGAGGGUUGGAGCUAGCUACACUUAUCCAGGAACAGGAUGUCAGCGAGGAGAGUGAUGGUGAGACGAGAGAGGCCCAUGGAAGGUGGGACAGAUCCCUUGAUCGCCCAGGGCUCCUCCCAACUAAGACAACCCGGCGGAGGGGAACAUGCUGAAGAGUGGGAUGUCCGGGGCUUGGAGGAGGAGGAGGGGAGAUGAGGGAGAAAGCUCUCUCGGGUCAAGGUGCCCAGAGUGACACACACACACAAGAGGUGCUGGAGAUCCUGAGUGACACACACAAAAUGCUGGAAUAACAUAGCUCGAGUCCCACCUUCCCCCCUCCCUACGAGCCCCUGGCUGAUGCAGCCCCCUUCCUGCUGGGGAUGGAGAGAAGAGCCAGGCGCCAUGCCAGACUGAGCCGUGGCCUGCCAUGAGCACUCCACCCCAUCCCGCCCCACGUCCAGCCGACCAAACGCCUCGCCGGAAUCCAGGCCUUGCUCAUCUGGUGACGCUCGGAAGGUGCCUCAGGUUGUCAGGUGUUGUCGCCUUCCCUGUCCCCCUCUGCCUCCCAUGUCCACUUGCUUUUUGGGUUCGCUUUCCCUGGGGACUGGACCUCUCUCCUUCGGGCAAACCCGUUGGAACCCGUAGUCUUUAACAGAGUGAGUGAAUGAGUGUGAGUGUGAGUGUGAGUGUGAGUGUGUGUGUGUGUGUGUGUGUGUGUGUGUGUGUGUGUGCGCGCGCGCGCGCGCGUGCCUGUGUACUCUGUAUCAGUGCGUGUGUGAGUGCCUGUAUAUACUCUAUGCCCCCGACAGCCCUCGAUGCCACGCUAUGAUGUGGCAGCCUCCAGCCAGCCCUAUGGUGCAACACUAGUCAGCAGCAGCCUUUCACAGAUGGGCAACUGCGGCCAUAUUGGGUGGAGCUGGGAAGCUGGCUGAAGUCACGUAGCUGCUUGUAAAUAUAAUAAUCUCACACGAGGAGGGCCACUCCAUCCCCUGGCAACUAGUUUUAUGUAGUUUUCUCUAUUUAACACCAUUGCUCUUGGAAACAAAAAAAACUUGAAAAACUUCAGUGACUUUUAUGAGAUUUGUUCAACGCAUUCUCCUGAGUAAAUAGUUUCUGUUGAAUGUUUCUUUUGACUUGUUGAGAAAUGCAAUAUGUAUAAAAUUUAAAAAUGAAGGAAAAUAAUAAAAAUAAAAAUUGCUGAGCAA